AUGUUAGCAAAAAAGACAGCUGAUGCAAACUCAGCCAAGGCUGCCAAGCCAGUGGCUGGAAAACCCAAGAAGGAAGUCUCUGGCGGGAAAAAUAAAAAGAAGAAGUGGUCAAAGGGCAAAGUUCGUGACAAGCUUAACAACUUGAUCCUCUUCGACAAGGCCACUUACGACAAGCUGUACAAGGAGGUGCCCAGCUACAAGCUGAUUACUCCUUCUGUGGUGUCUGAAAGGUUAAAAGUCAGGGGCUCAUUGGCCAAGCAGGCACUGAGAGAAUUACAUUCAAAAGGGUUGAUUCACUUGGUGUCCAAACACAACUCCCAGUUGAUCUACACAAGGGAGACAAGGACGAAGCACCAGCAGAAAAAUAGUAAUGUAAACAAACAGAAAAAGCUUAGACACAGCAAAACUUUUUCUGAAGAAUUUGAGUUAGAAAGUGUUUUUUCUUAA